CAGAUCCACGGGGCGAUGCACUUUGACCGACAUAUCCGCUUCGACCUUCCGCCUCCAGGGUCUAUCCUGGCGCGCAACGUCUCCACCCGGUCCUGCCCGCCACGCACGAGCCCGGCCUCCGAUGUGGAAGAGGAGGACGAACCGCUGAUUGACGGGAAAGGAGAAAAACGAAAUUUAGCUCGCAAGCCCAAGAAAGGAACAAGGAGACAUACGGACGAUCCUAGCAGGGAAUAUUUCACUCUGAAAUUUGAUUUGAACGUGGACGUUGAAACGGAGAUCGCCCCAGCCAUGAAGAAGAAAUCUUUAGGGGAGGUCUUGUUUCCCGUCUUUGAGCGGAAAGGCAUCGAUCUGUCAAAAGUGGACAUUUAUCUGGACCAGUCAAACACCCCGCUGUCACUCAACUUUGAAGCCUAUCGCUUCGGAGGGCAUUACCUGCGCGUGAAAGCCAAACCAGGAAAUGAUCUGAAGGUCGAAGAAGCGGUGAAGGACAACAAAUCCCUGAGUUUGCCUAUCCUGCGCCCGGUGGGCAUCAGCCCCUCUUUCCUCGCCACCCCAUCUUUGGAUCGACUGGAGCAAAUUUCCCUUCGCCGGGAGAGUACUGACGCCGUGCCAAACCAAGCAAGGAUCUUUGCCACGAGGCAAAAGGAGAAGCUGGUCAGAGUGAAUCUGGGGGGCGCGGGGGUCAGCCUGGAUGUUGGAAACCCGGACAGGAUCCCUCCGUUGUGUCUCUCUCUCCCCCCCAUGCAGGAGCUGGACAAGACGGAGCAGCUGGAGAGCAAGCUGCAGUCCUUUGGCCUCUUCGGCCUGCCCCGCCUGCCCGACCAGCUGCGCUUCGACCAGGACUCCUGGGAGGACGGAGAGCAGGAGCAGGAGGAGGAGGAGGAGCAGGGCGGCCUCCGGAUGGAGGAGAGCUGGCAGCAGAUCAUCCCGGGGACUGAGACGUUGACGCGACGCCAGUGCCACCAGCAGGAAGCCAUUUGGGAGCUGCUCCACACCGAAGCCUCCUACAUCAAGAAACUGAAAGUCAUCACGGAUCUCUUCCUCUGCUGUCUUCUAAAUUUGCAGGAUUCGGGUCUCUUGUGCGAGGUGGACGCCGAGAGGCUCUUCAGCAACAUCCAAGAGAUUGUCCGGGUCCAUCGCAACCUCUGGAGGACCGUCAUGGCCCCCAUUUUGGACAAGGCCCGGAGGAGCCGAAACUUACUGGACCCCAUCGAUUUGUCCGAGGGCUUUAAUAUGUUUGGCGCCCACUUCCAGCCGUACAUCCGUUACUGUAUGGAAGAGGAAGCUUGCAUGGAAUACAUGCGGAAUUUGCUGCGACAAAACGAACUCUUCCGGCUUUACGUGACGUGGGCCGAGAAACACAAGCAGUGCAACCGUCUCAAGCUGAGCGACAUGCUGGUGAAGCCGCACCAACGCCUGACCAAGUACCCUCUGCUCCUGAAGUCCGUCUUGAAGAAGACCGAGGACCCCGAGGACCGAGAAGCCAUCAUCGGCAUGAUCACCGCGGUGGAAUCGUUCAUCAACCACGUCAACUCGCGCAUGCGGCACCACCAGGAGCAGCAACGCCUGGCGACCACCGUGAACCGCAUCGAGGCCUACGAGGUGGUGGAAGGCAGCACCGACGAAGUGGACAAGAUCCUGAAGGAGUUUCAGCGCUUGGAUCUGACAGCCCCGAUCCCCGGGACGUCCCGGGAGGAGACGCGACGGCUGCUGAUGGAGGGGGCCCUGAAGAUGAGGGAAGGCCGAGACAGCAAGAUGGACGUCUACUGCUUCCUCUUCACCGACCUCUUCCUCAUCACCAAACCAGCCAAGAAGGGUGAGCGCACCCGGGUCGUCCGCCAGCCCCUCCUGAUCGACAAGGUGGUGUGUCGGGCGCUCAGGGAUCCAGGGUCUUUCCUGCUGAUCUACCUGAACGAGUUUCGCAGCGCCGUGUGUGCCUACACGUUUCAGACCAGCGGGCAGUCGCUCUGCCGGAGCUGGGUCGAGGCUGUCUGUAACGCUCAGAAUAAGCUGCAGCAGCUGCGUCUUCAAGAGUUCCAACGCAAGCAGCAGCUUCCCCAGGUCCAGGAAGCCAAGGCGGAAGAGGAAGAGGAGGAAGAGGAAGAAGAGGAAGAAGGCAACAGGGACUCCUCGGAAGCCAGCUCCCCUCCCACCCUCCGGAAAAGCCCCAGCAGCCCGGAUUCCCAGCAGCGCCUCUCCGACAGCUCCACUGAGACCAUCUCCAUGAUCGCGGCUGAGACCGGCGAGGGAUACCUUUCCCCUUCCUUUGACGGGAGCCAGUUCCUCCCCCCAGCGGAGGAAUUGAGCCUCAGCCCCCUCCCCAAUUCCGCCACAUGCUCCUUGGAGACAGGAGAUCCACUCACCGACACCUCCAGACCCUUGUCGAAACCGGAACCCAGCCCCUGCAGCUGCUCGUCGUUCGACAGCGCCUACGGGACUCUCUCGCUCGGCUCGCUACACGAACUGGUGGAGCCGGCGCUGCCGCAGGGCGGUACGGAGGCUGCCGAGGAGGAAGAGGAGGAUGUCACCAAGCCUGGCUCCCCCAAGUUGCGUCGUCAGAUCCCUAUCCAGCUCCUGCCUGCCAAGACCAAGGUGCUGAAAUCCAAAUCCGAAGCCAACCUCGCGCAGGUUCUAUCGCCCUCACUGUUUCUCGUCCAGAGUCAAAGUUUGUUCGAACUUUCUCCUCCGGUCAUGUUGUCCGGGGGCCCUCCGACGCAGGAGCCCCAAGGCCAGCCCCUGUGCAGGGUCUUUAGCAGCAGCAGCAAUAACAGCAGCGCUUCCGAGUUCUCUGAAGCGGAGGAGACGUCCUUGCUGGGAAUCUGCAUCUCUUCGGAGCUGGCGGCUGCUGUCCCGAACGGACCCCCAUCCCCGUGCUGGCUGGACGAGGAGAAUCUGAGCGAGGAGCUGUCGGCGGAGCAGCAGGCUUUUUCGGACCCACCGGCGAUUCAGCACCGGAAGUUGACUUUGGGCCAGCUGUACCGCCUCCACACGACACUGCUGCUCAACUCCACGCUUACAGCCUCGUGA